AUGGGAAAAAAAGAAAAUCCAACUACUCCAAUUUCAAGUUCAAAUUCAAUACAAACUGUUACUGAUAUUCAGAAUAUUCAGAAUGAGCAGAGGAAUCAGGCUAUGGCUGUGGCUGUUGCUACUCGCGGGCCGCAGCUGAUGCCAGCAGUGGCUGCUGCACAGGCUGCAGCUGUUGUGAUCCGCUAUGACUUCUGGUUCGAAAUGAGAGUUCUAGAAGUAUUGAAGAGGCUGCUGCUGUUAAAAAUCAAUGCGUCUAUCGAUCUCACUUGGCGGAGAAAGGCAUUGCGUGCUCUUAGAGGAAUAGUGAAAUUGCAGGCCCUGGAUAAGGGGGUCCACUUGGUGAGAAAACAGGCUAAGGCAACUCUUACGAUGUAUGCAGGCUUUGGUGACAGCACAAGCUCAGAGCGCGUGCUCAACGGAUCCGAAUGGUGUCCGAAGGAAAGCCUAAUCCAAAUCAAUCAACUCCUAGAAAUGUCAUGGAAAUGGAAAAUGACCUGUUCAGGCAAAUAUAUAAUGUCAGUUCCAUAA